AUGGAAGAGUAUGUAGAUGAAGAUGAAAUAGGAGAUAUGAUACUGCUUGGAGAGUUUAACAGAUCACUGAAAGACCUGAGUCGAAACAGGACCCCAGGAGUAGACAACAUUCCAUUGGAACUACUGACAGCCUUGGGAAAGCCAGGCCUAACAAAACUCUACCAUCUAGUGAGCAAGAUGUAUGAGACAGGAGAAAUCCCCUCAGACGUCAAGAAGAAUAUAAUAAUUCCAAUCCCAAGGAAAUCAGGUGUUGACAGAUGUGAAAAUUACCGAAAUAUCAGUUUAAUAAGCUACGGCUGCAAAAUACUGACAGGAAUUCUCAACAGACGAAUGGAAAAACUGGUAGAAGCCGACCUCGUGGGAGAUCAGUUUGGAUUCCGUAGAAAUUUUGGAACACAUGUGGCAAUACUGACCCUAUGA